AUGCUUGGACGAUUGCGGAUGUCGGUAUCGGAAGCUAUUGCUGAAUACCUCGAACUUUCAAAAAUUGUAUUCGCACCAAAGCACCGAUACAAUGUGUUUGCACGGUUGCGGAACACUGCAACUGCUCGAGGAAGAUGUGAUUCAAAGGUAUUAGAGGAGCAGGUCCAAAAAGUCGUCGGGAAGUACUUAGGAGAAGGUAAGGAACAAUCCUUGCUCUUAGAGGAAGACCCGUCCUGCCGAAGCUUUGUCUGUGCCCUCAACGCUAGUAAGCGGAGCUUGGUCCGCUUUCGCAAUUAUGAGUUAGAGGGAUACAGCGACCUUCAGCCCAAGAUCUGGCAAGCGGCGAGGGCAACGUCGGCUGCUCCAACGUUCUUCGACCCUGUGAAGAUCGGGAAUUUCAAUGAACAUUUUGUCGACGGCGGAGCGGGCUACAACUGUCCGAUCAGGGAAGUGCAUAAGGAAGCGCAGACAGUGUGGGCAAAGCCGCGUCGCGAUUUUCAGUAUAUCAUAUCAAUCGGGACCGGCAAAAGCUCACUCAAGCCCUUCGGCAAGAGUCUCGUUGAGAUCGGGAAAACCCUGAUAGCAAUUGCCACUGAUGCCGAUCAGACCGCGGCUCAAUUUGGAAAGGACCAUCCGGAAAUGAUGGGUAAGGGGGCUGAAAGACGAUUGUUCAGAUUCCAGGUUCAGCAUGGACUGGAAAAUGUUGGCAUGGCGGAGCACGAAAAGAUCGACGAGAUCGCUUCAGCUACCCGGAUUUACAUGGAGGAGGAAGAAUUGGAAGGCUAUCUACAGCUGAAGUUGUUCAAAGCCUUGGCCAGUAGCCAAUGCGACUAUGUAUUGUUCAAAUCCACGAGCGUUCCUCUCCCACCAGACCAAGUCCGGUAUAUUGAGAAGAACAUGGUGGCUCUUGGAUUUCGGGCCCCUGCAAUGAUUCUGCCAUCCGGCAAGCCUGACUUCAGCUGUGGAACAAUCAAGCUGCCAAAGACACUCUUCGAUAUUCCCACGCAUCAUGCAUAUCACCACGAGCAGAUGGUGGCGCGGUCUGAAAAAUUCGCAUCUGCCCCUAAUCAGCCAGCCUGGAGAUAUAUACUAGGACGAUACUCGGUGGACCCGGAGAAGAACCUCCUCAUGAAGGAACUACCAGUCCAUGAAGCCACCUGGUGUUCGGAUUAUGGUGGUCUAUUUGCCGUUGAGAUACCAGUGGUGGAUGUUUGGCGCAUUAUAGGGAGUUACAAUCGUCACUUCAGAAACUCCGAAGAUCGGCUUCGCUCAGAGAACGAGAUCCAUGUCCAAGAUCUGUGGAUAAGUGUACCGGGCGCCCUUCAUGGGAAACCUUUGGUUCGCAUGGUGUUUCGAGAAGGAUCAAUACUACCCGAUCAUGAACUCCGUAUACCCAGUCGCGCCUACGCCGCCGCAAUGUGCGGUUUAUCUCAGUUGUCCCCCGAUACUGUAGGAGGAAGGCGGCUCUUUUCAAGCGCGGCACCGUAUUGGGAGACAAUCAAAGUUCCCCUGGUUCUGGCAUUCACUCUGUUACCCAUCGAAAAUCGGUGCUUUUUCGAAGAACAAUACCGCUGGGUUGUCGAGCGCAUUGCAGCCAUGGUCAAAGUGAAUGAAGCGUUGUGGGACCAUGCUGAUGCGAUUGAUCUCGAUGACCACGACGUGCCGAUAAAGGUACGGCUCAGAGAGCUUGCGGCAACCAAGUUUCUCAAGGAUGUCGACAUUAACCAAGCUCAGAAUGCAAACCACUACACGACUGAUUCACGUUUUGAACGACUGAAUGAUCUCGCACAACGCCAGCUACGGACAUGGGAAGAUUUCUGCGAAGGUGGCGACUCUAUCGAGCUCGAGGAUGCUGUCUUUCUGCUGGAGAGAUCCAACACGUAUGCGCCGACAGAUUUCCGAGCUCUCAAUGAAGAUGGAGAGACGGAGGUGUUGCGGGAUUGGUGGGGCCGAUUCGGUGAAGAAAGGGCAAGAUGGAUUGCUCUUGCAAUGACGGCCAAGCUUUUACUGAAUAUGUGUCAGUCUUUCACUCUUCCAGCGACUUUCUCAUCACUCUUGCAUCAGCCUUCCAGCACGGUCUUUUUAGUGUAG